AUGAAUUUUGACGAGAUUCUUUCUCAUAUCGGUGGCUUUGGCAAGUUCCAAAAGAUCUUGUAUGUGUGGAUUUGCCUCCCCCAGAUCCUGCUGGCGUUCCACAUGCUGAUAUCGGUCUUCACGGGGGCCGUCCCCCCUCAUCUCUGUCGCUCCAACAACACCACCUGGGCCUUGCCCGCCAGCUCAGACGCAUUCAACUUCAGCCUGGUUACGGGCCCAGACGGUGAACCUGACCUGUCCUGCUCUGCCCCUGGGGGGGUCCCUAGCACGCCGCUAGCCCAGCUGAAUCACAGCACUGCCCUGGCCCUUAGCGAUGACCACGUCACCGGGGUUUGUCAAGGGGGAUGGGAAUUCAGCAAAGAGACCUUCCACAGCACCGUGGCAACCGAGUGGGAUCUGGUGUGUGAUAAUGCCAAUCUGAACAACAUUGGUUCCUCAAUCUACAUGUUUGGUCUUCUGGUCGGCGCCGUGCUGUUUGGUUCCUUAGCUGAUAAGUUUGGACGCAGGAACAUUAUCCUGGUUGGUUUGACGAUCCAGUCAACCUUUGGGGUUGGUGCUGCUUUUGCCCCAAAUUUCUACAUUUAUGUCUUUCUGCGCUUUGUGGUUGGAACCACUAUUUCAGCUGUCAUCAUGAAUGCAUUUGUUUUAGGCACAGAGUGGACAGGAUCAAAGCACCGGAUGCUAGCUGGGAUCAUCACAGACUACUUCUUUGGGUUUGGCUACAUCACCCUGGCAGGCCUGGCCUACCUCAUCAGAGACUGGCGCAAGCUCCAGCUGGCCAUCUCAGCACCAGGCUUCCUCUUCAUCUUCUACAUCUGGGUCCUACCCAAGUCGGCUCGGUGGCUAAUGGCCAACCAGAGGAACGAGGAGGCCAUGGAUCUGAUCAGGAAAGCUGCUCUGAUGAACGGCAAACCCCUGCAGGAGGACAUAGAGAUAUGUCAGGGGUACAACGAUAUGGUGAAGAUGGAGGAGAGGAAAAAGGACACAGUCAUUGACCUGGUCCGUACGCCAAAAAUGAGGAGGAAUUCAUGUAUCAUGUUUUACCUGUGGUUUGUCAACGUGCUGGUCUACUACGGCCUGUCCCUGAACAUCUCUGACUUUGGGAUGAACAUCUACCUGACCCAGCUGAUCUUUGGCCUGGUGGAGAUGCCCGCCAGGACCAUCACCCUCUUUACCCUGAACCGCUCCAGGAGGAUAUCCCAGCUAGUCUUCCUCGCUGUGGGAGGCCUGGCCUGCCUGCUAACCAUCUUCAUUCCUGAUGAUCUCUCCAUUAUUAGAACUGUCCUGGCUAUGGUGGGGAAGUUUGGGAUCACCGCCUCCUUGUCCAUCGUCUACGUCUACUCAGCAGAGGUCUUCCCUACUGUCAUAAGGCAGAGUGGAAUUGGUAUGGGCUCCAUGUGUGCCAGGGCAGGGGGAGUCCUGGCUCCCAUCAUCUACCUGCUGAGGGGUGUCAGUAAGAAUGCUCCCAUGGUGCUGUUUGGCCUGUGUACUCUGCUAGGUGCAGCCCUCACCCUGCUGCUGCCUGAGACAGCCCACCAGCCCCUGGCUGACACCAUUGAGGAUGUGGAGGGAUCCAGCAUCAGUGAGGAAUCAGAGGAAGGGAACAUGAAGCCAGCCCUCUAUGAGGAAUGUCCAACAAGGAACCCAGACAUCAUAAUCUGA